GAACUGUCAGUGAGUGUAGUUAUUCGGCGUUUUCGAUGCUAAUAAACCUCUGAGGCACCUGCGGUUCGGUCAUAAGUAAUUUAAGGGCCUUUGGGGGUUUCAUUAACGUGCUUUUUUAGACUGUGCUUUCAAUUCAACCACUUUAAUAACGUCCGUCGUCGCAACAACGGUGGGUGUGUACGCCGCAAGGAUCGGCUUGCCGGCUCGCUCAGUCUACUGGAAGAUUCCAUUGUGAGUGGAUUUGAAAAAUUCAGAUCCUACUAACUGUGGUUUUUGAGGCGCUUAUCCAGCGCCGAUUGAAGACAGUGGCACAUAUCAAGAAUUUAAACAAUUGUAUAAUCAGAACAAUAUUACAUGUAACGUAAAUGCCGAGUGCAGUGUAAAAUUGGUAUAACAGCGGAACAAGAUUAAAUGAAGCAAAAAAAUAAAAAAUUUAUAUAUAUACACACAUACAUAUAUAUACGUUGAAUAAAGCAAAUUAAUAAUCACGGUAUUAAAAAAAAAAAAAGAAGAGAGAGGAAAAACGAAUUAUAUAAAACUUGAAAAUAAUUGACGUAAUACAAUAUACACGAGAGAUAAAAUUAUAGAUGAAACUUUAUAGAUAUAUUAUAAAUAUUGUACAUAUACACGGAUAAAGCAAUUUUAUUUAAAUUAUAUCAUAUUAUUGAAAUUGUUGUGUUUGUGAAAAAAUAAUUAAAUUAAAAGAGAUAAAGAAAUAAAAUAGGAAAAUUAUUAAUUUUUCAAGGCUGAUCCGCUGGAGCUAGUCUGUUCGGUGGUAAAAAAAUGAAUGAAUAAUAAAACAAUAAAUAAAUAAAUGAAUAGGGUUGAAGAAGAAUAAAAAUAAGCGAGAGAGAUCAACGGUUAUUUAAUUGAUAUUUUAAAAUAUUUGUUGAAAUUUGUGGUUAUCAAGUUUAUUGAAUAAUAUUAUUACGGUCCUUUGAUCGAAGUUCGACUUCGUUGUUUUCUCAUUGUUUUCCGACGGUACGAAUCUGAUACAUGUGUGUCCAAGGGAUACGAGUAUGAUUAUCAAAUUUCUAUGAAAUUUUAAUAGUUUAAAAAAAAAGAAUAAAUUCCAUAUAUGUGUAUGUAAAGAUUUACAACCACACGCAUAAAUUAUAUAUAUAUGAUCCAUUGAGAAAGUUUUCAAAACCGCAACUAUAUUAAAGGAAAUAUCCGGAAUUCUAAAAAUAUAUCCAAACUCAAAUAAUUAUCAGAACGGACGAAUGAAAAAUUAAUUACGAAUGUGUAAAAUAAACCGAAGAAAUAAUUUCAUCAGAUUCGCAACAACCGAGACCAAUUCAAUUAAUAUAUGGAACCAAUAAAUUAAUAUUCGAAAUACAGAAGCGCGUAAAUUUUAAUCUAUAUCGUUAAAAGGGGUUGAGCCUUACAUCUUUUUUUUUUUUUCUUAAUACAUUGAAAAAAAAAAAGAAACAUUUUAAUCGAUACCUGCAUGUACUCCAAAAAUAAUCUAAUAUUUCGCGUGAAUAUAUCUAUUCGAAAAUUUUCAUUAAUAAGAAGAAUCUAUGUAUGUAUAUAUUUAUGUACAUAAACACAUACCUAUAGACCUAGAUAAAUGAAUAACAAAUUAAUCGAUUAAACGUCUGAAUAUAUAAAAUAAUCGUAUAUACAGUAUAUGCAUCGUUGCAAUUACCGAAUUGUUAAUCGAUCUCAGAAGCCUUCGUGAAAAUAAAAACGAUUCUUUAUUAUAUGUAAACCACCGUGUGAUAUAAUAUACGUAACAAAAAAUUAAAAAAUAAUAUAAAGCAAAAGAAGCAGAAAGAGAAUAAUUGAUUGAAUUAUACGUGUCAUCGAAUGAGUAUAAAAAUAAAUAUGAAAAUAUAUCGAUAAGUUAAUAAAAAAACAAAAAAAAAAAAAAUCAUAUCGUUCGAAACGCUUGAAACAUAAGCCCGGUGAGUCGAUAAAGGUACACAGGGAUAAAAUAAAAAAUAAAAACCGCAACGAAGAAGAGAAUUAAAACUAAAAUAAAUAGAAAAAUUAAAAAAAAUGUACAAGGACCGGAGCGGAACUUCGUCAGUCGGUGGAGCGGGGUCGAAAAAUGGCGAAGUCGAACUUGUAAGCAGAUUUUUGGCACCGCUUUGCGCCAGGGACGAAGCUGCCAGAAAUAUUGCACUCGCUGCCGCGAGAACAACCGUGGAAGGAUGGCUAGGUGGUGUUGGAAGUCCAGAUAUCAUCGAAGGGGAUUCCAGGAGCGCGAUGUUCCGAUGCGACGAUCAGACGUACGACCUGCAGGCGAACAGUACGGCGACGUUGAAGAAAAAUUCCAAGGGAUUACCAUUGUCCGAGUGUCUGACGCGCGGCGACGAUUUCAGAACGGAAGAAUUUUUUCCCCGCAGCGUAACGGACAACGGAAUAUUCUUGAAGGACAAUAAUUACGACCCCGGAGACGCCUAUCCCUCGGGGGACGGUAACUUUGAAUUUAAUUUCGUUACGCCAAACGAACGGGAGCGUAUAUUUCUCAACGAGGGUCUGGACCCGCUGGGGAACCCGACUUCGUUCCCCCCGGAGAUAAAGGAGUUCAAAGUCGAGGGCGGUCACAGGUUCAAGGACGCUACGGACUAUCAGCAGAGGUUCAACAGCGACGGAGAGAUGAAGUUUCUCGAACCGAAUUCGGCGAACCUCGACAGGGGGGGCGAUUCAAUGCGGGAGGAGAACACUCACGGCGUCAGGGAAGUGAAGAACAUCAAAAUCAAGGGCGCCAAACAGAAGGUCGAGCAGGCCGACGACCUCGACGGCGGCACCAAAGUCUACGGCAAAAGUCCCAGGUUCGAUAACGACAAUUUUUGCACCGAUGUAAAAAAGCCACCCUCCUAUCCGAGCGGCCACUUCGACGUAACCAGCGGCAACUUCGUCUCGAAGAACGAAAAUUUCGUUUCCAACAUCGACUUCGAAGGCUCGUCGCUCGACGGACGCAACGACAACGUUUUAAGGUCGUACAAGAAUGACCAAUUCUACGGUAGCACCGACGAGGUGUCGUUCGACGACGAUCUCAAACAGAACACCGAGUGCACCCCAGGCGUCGUGUUCAACACCCUCGACGGAUUCGAGAGCCUGGAAAGCAAAAAUCACCUCCAAGUAACGGGCGGCAACAAUUCAGCGUCCCCGAGCAGCGCCUGCAGUCUGAGAAAGACCGACGAGAGAAAAAUCAGCGCCGGUCAAAUAAAGAGACCGCUGUCGCAGGACGACGACGUUUCGUCAAAAAAUGGGCGCGGCUCGCUUCACGUAGAACUCGAAAGCCCGGAAGUCACGCCCGGAGAUGUCGGCAGGAUGUUGAAUCUUGGAAACGCUCUCGACGGACCGAAACAGGCGCAGCCCAACAAAUAUUUGAGCCUUGUCACGCUGCAUUUACCGGUGAUCUUGAGACUCAGCGUUAACUGUCCCUUUCAAAACGUGCGCAUCAAGUGCGCGGAGAUUCUGGAAAUGGUUAAGGAACGAGGACUUCCGGUUCCGGAGCCCGCUUUCGAUGGACCCUCGGCGUUCGUACCGAUGUCGGAGUUGCCGGAAGUGGGAAAUCACGAUGAAAGGGCUCACAUGCUGUUGAUGGACGCGUUCCUGCAGAACAACAGACUCGAUCAUGUCUCACGUGUGAUGGCUGGCCACCCCACGUAUUUGGAACAUUUUCUUCGUACGCAACACUUUAUUCUACGGGGUGACGGACCCUUGCCCUACGACUACAGACACCUCAUAGCCAUCAUGGCAGCUGGAAGGCAUCAGUGCAGCUAUUUAAUAAAUCUGCAAAAAGGUGAAUUCCUCCUACAAGGUGGAGCCUCCACGUGGCUUCAGGGCCUGAAAUCCAUACCGGGCAAGUUACAGGAUCUUUAUGAGAUCAACAAGAUCUUAGCCCACCGGCCUUGGCUACUCAAUAAAUCUCACAUAGAGAAACUAACCAAAGGUGCGGAUAAUUGGUCACUGGCAGAGGUUGUCCACGCUAUAGUUUUGUUAGCCCACUUUCACUCGUUAUCCUCGUUCGUAUUUUCUUGCGGUAUUAAUGAGGAACUCGACAGCAGUUCGGGUCAUCAUUACAAGGACAGUGUCAAGGAUAAUAAGAAAAACGUACAACCUUCCAAGGAUAAGCUGUCGAGCAGUAGUCCAACGAAAAUACCCGGAAGUGCCGAUAAGACUGAUACCAUCCCGUCACCUCCCUCGUCGCCUAGCAUACUUGGGGAACAGGAAGUUGGGGUCGAAACGCUGAUGGAACGGAUGAAAAGAUUGUCGGAAAAAUCAGAAUCUUAUCAAAUAACGCAAGAAGAAUUAUCGAAACGUUUUGAGACCGUUGAAUCACAAUCUGCGGAAUUGACUGCCGCACCGCAACGAAGCUCUGUACUAGAUUCUGAUAUUGGUCUUUUCAUAGAAGAUCCCACGUUCAUUUAUCAGGACUUUGCCAAGCGCGGUCAGCUUAACGAUAUACCCACCUUUCGAGUUCAGGAUUAUUCGUGGGAUGAUCACGGUUACUCUUUGGUCAAUCGUCUUUAUAACGACGUUGGAAAUCUUCUGGAUGACAAAUUCAAGACGGCCUACAAUUUAACGUAUUAUACAAUGGGUACCCAUAAUAAGGUUGACACGUCGCGAUUCAGGCGUGCAAUAUGGAACUAUAUACAGUGCAUGUUCGGCAUCAGGCAUGACGAUUAUGAUUACAACGAGGUCAAUCAACUACUUGAACGAAGUCUUAAAACAUUCAUAAAAAGCGCCGUCUGCUACCCCGAAAGAGUAACGAAAAGAGAUUACGACCGCGUUAUGAGGGAAUUCAAACACAGUGAAAAGAUUCACGUUAAUCUUAUGAUCCUGGAAGCCCGUAUGCAAGCGGAAUUGUUGUACGCCCUGAGAGCCGUGAUGCGUUACAUGACCUAAUCUUUAGAAAAAACAUGAUCCGACUCUGUCUAUUCUAUACAUGAUAUAAAGUUUGAAGAAUCUUGACGAUUCGUCGAGGACUGCAGGAUGUCACGGUGGAAAACCACCCCUACUACUCUACUUUACAUCUCGACAUACGGGAAUGGAUACAGGAAGACGGUGAAUAUUAUGUAAUCCUAAAUGUUGAAAAGAUAACUACGUCACCAGAUGUGUAACUGAGCAAGUCAAAAUAAGAUUAUUAUUAUUAUUACUAUUAUUAUUGAAGAAAGAAACAUUUUAAAAAAAAUAAAGAACUGAAUAAACGAAAUGAAGAAAGAAAAUAGAAACAAAGCAAACAAGUGAGGAAUCUGCACAAUAUCGUCCCAUAAUCGGCUUUGCUUGACUUGACUUACGGAAGGAUCGAGAAAAAGCUUCCCCAAAUUUCAAGAGAAGAAAUAAUAAAAAAAAAAAAGAAUCAUCAGAAUAUUUUAAAAGAUGUGUUUUAUGUGUAGCGAAGAUAUAUUAUUAUUUAUUUAUUUUUAUUUUUUGUUUCUUCGUCGAUGACACUUUUACGCUGCUAUAUUACAUCGCUUUGAAAUUUUUAUCCUAUUUAACGAUAACUGAGAAACAAUGAGAAUCAUCCUAGUAUCGAGUUAUUAACUUUUAAUUAUAUGUGGUGUGAUUAUGAAAUGUUCAUGAAUUUUAUUGAUCGCAAAAAAAUAUUAAUGACGAUGAAGAAGAAAAAGAAGAACAACAAGAGAGAAAAUGUCAGCAAAAAGAAUGAAUAAAAUUGUUUUGCAUCUUUUAUUUUCUUUUUUUUUUUUUUUUUAAUUAGAGCUACGUGUUACGGUUGAAAUUUAAGACAUACAUAUUGUACGAUAUAAUUUUUGAACGAACUUGGCGCUGAUCUCGCGAUCAAGUAUAAAGUUGGUUUUUUUUUUUUUUUAUUUUUUUUAUUUUCUACUAUUAUUAACAGUCUUUGGACUCCGAUGUCAGAAGAGGAAAUAUGAGAGGAGAGAAAACGAAUUGAAAUGUAACAGAACUGAAGAAAAUUAAUACAAAAGAAAUAUAACUACACCUCGGAUUAAAGAUAAUCGGCAAAAAUCGGCCAAAGAUCUAUUCUGACUGAUCGUGCAAAUCCGCUUGGACGAUAAGAGUAAAAAAAAAAAACAAUCUCGAAAUAUUUGAAACUUUAUCUUUAUCUCAUACCAUAUUUUAUCCCCAAUCCCACCUACCGAUAUUUUUCUCCUAUUUUAUACACAUUUCUCAUCUCAUAUUCUCUUUCUCAGCUUUUCUACCCAUUCCUCUAUCCUCCACGUCCCCUCCUUAUCUACACCGUGGUUACCUAUGCAAGUAAAAAUUCAUGAAUAAAAUGACGAAGAUGAAAUCGGAACUAUUUUAUUAUAAAUCUUGACAAAGUAACAACGUUUUCGAAUCAACAAAUAUCAUUCAAAAAUAAGUCGAGAAAUACAAAGAAAUUCAUUAACAACUAAAUUCCAAACAAAAUUAUCGAGCCAUCGCGAAUAUCAGUAUGUAUAAAAUGUAUAUAUACAUUUAUAUGUAUACAGAAAUAAUCGGUUUUUAUCAUCGCUAUCGUCGUCUAGGUUGGGAUUGCACUGUACAUAAAUCAACUCAUUUCUUACAAAUAUUAUGUAAUGAUAUAACGUUAAUAUAAUGUUUAAUGAUAAUAAUAAUAACAACAAUAAUAAUACAAGUAGAAUUAAAAAUAAGAAAUAAAACAACUAAUAUGAUAUGCGUCUAGAUAUAUAUAUAUUGUAAAACAUUUUAGUUUGUGUAUUUACAUUAUUAUACAGUUUACGUACUCUCAAUUGAAGUUUGAGGUGACGAGGGUCCUCGGAGUUUCGGAGCUUUGUCUCUCUCGAUUCACCUCUAUCACGAAACAUUCAUCGCAUAUUAAAUGACAAAUUUAGAUGGACGAAAAGAAAGCUUCCUUUUUCACUCGUACUUCAAUUGCGGUUAAUACAUUUGCGUGUAUAAUAAUUGUUGACUGCGCACGUGUGUUUGUAUCUAUGUAUGGAUGUAAAAGAUAGAAAAGAAAAAAAAAUAAUAAUUGUCCAGUGGCUAUGUUUGGGAGAAAAGCGCUGACCGUCGUCAACCGCAAAUCCUUCGGGGAAAAGUGAACGAAAGAAAAAUGAUAAAUCUAGGUCAUUAAACUCUUGUACAAGAUCUCUCGUGAAUGAGAUUACGGACGAAUCAACGAAUUUUUAUGCCUUUCAAUACGGUCCUUGGCAAAUUAGAUGAUAUAAUAAUUAUACGAAUAAUCUUUGUGACGACAUAAGGAAUCUAAUAUCGAUCGGAUAUAUUUUCGUUUAUCGCGUCGUUAUUAUUUCAAUCUUCGUGAUCGUCGACUAACAAUGUGAUUUUAAUAACGUGAAAUUAUCAAAGAUUGUACGUACCUAGGAAAGGAAUUUUAUACCCUGUUCAGCGAGAGGAGGACACAGUAUCGCAGCUAUAAAAACCCUGGCCCAUAAUCUGGGCGAAGUCUAGUCUGCUGCGUCGCUCUCUCGUCGAACAGGGUACAGCAGAUACACCUAUGAUGAAAGUGGUUGAAGACAGUCGGUUGCUAGUCUAACUAAAAGAGGCUGUUCGAAAGAAAUCAAAUUUGUAAAUUAUAAGAGAAAAGACGAUUAGUGGCGAAAAGCAUGCGAAUUACAUAGGUAAAUAUAUUCUGCAAUUGGGGACACCCGCUGUUACAUGGACACGUAUGUUCACACGAAGGUCACGUCUGGCGGUUCAAAAUAUAAGACAGUUUUAAAUGAUUAGAUGAAACUAUGAAAUAUUGAUUAAUGCUAUAGCAUGUAUGCGUAAUUUUGGAAAUCAAAAAGUACAGUAAUGAUUUCAGUCUCGGUCGUACACGAAAAAUUAUUACAUUGAUAAGAAGAUACUUUGAGAAUUGUACGCAUAUGUUGUAGAUAUGGGUAACGCCGAACAAGGUGUAUCUACUUUCUAAACACUAAGUUGGAUAACACGCAAUUUAUUCAGUCAUGUGCAUCCGGAAUGCUUCAUUGACAAUAAUUAACUGUAUGAUAAGAAUAACAAGGAAUGCAAAAUUUUGACCAACAUUGGACCAAGACCAAUUUAAAACCAUACUCAGUCGCUAUAAUCACUACAUGAUGACUUUAUCAAUUACACGAAAAAUAUAAAAAUGAAGAACUGAUUUUUUGAAAUUCAAAGAUUCAGAAACUGACAUAUCAACAUUCAGCGACGUAUGAAUAGGCUAAAGAAUCAACGGAAUCAUUUCAGUAAUCAUAGAUAUUCAUCUGGAACAAUUUCAUCCGCUGAGAACAGUUGGCCAUUUUUUUUUUUUAAUUGUACAAUUAUUUCCGUCGAUUCGAUAUGGACUCGUUAUUGAAAGUUAUUCAAUUUAUCCAGCCCUGAGUAACACGGUAAAAGCUUCUUAUCAGAUUUUCGAAACACAUGCGCAACUAUUUUUCGAAAAAGUCAUAAAUUUUAAAAGGCUGAGGAGGAGACUGAAGAACUUGAAAAUUCAUACAUAUUUAGAGGGGUAAUGUUUUGCAUGACUGUCUAUAUUAUAAAUACUAAGAUGAAAAUUAACGACACGUAUCUACACCGUACCUGUCGCGGGAUAAAUAUGACAAGAAAAUAAGAUAAAAAAAAUAUAUGAAGAAUUUUUGAAUGCGCAAUUUAUAGAUACUUAUAUGUAUAUCGAUUUGGGAUAUUCAAAAGUUAAAUGAUAAAAAGAUAUUAAAUGUUUCAGCCAAGACGGAUGUGUCAAAAUUUUGUACGUCUUCUUAUAAUAUUAUACGUACGUACGCAUGUGUGAGAAUUUGGUUCUUGCUUUUAUAUUUGUUUAAUUUGUCAUUUUAUCAAUUUUUCAAUUUUUUUUCUCAUCUUGAAGAUAACAAAUUUUAUCAAAAGACUAGAUCCACGAAAAUAAACGAACUAAUAAACAUAACCAGAGAUUUGCAAAGACAGAACGAGUGAAACUAAUGAAAAUGUUGAAUAAAUUUGAAAAGAAGAACGGAAUUGAAGAAACGAAAUUUAAAUGAAAAAACAAUCUGAUAACUCGAUUGUAGAAUAUAUUAUAUUAUUACUUAUACAUAUAUAUAUACUUAUAUACAUAUAAUUAAGCUUGGUAUUUAUAUAUAUGUAUAAUUAUAAAUUAAUUUUUAAUUCCUUGUAAUUUAUUGUAGGACGAGUAUCAAUUUGUAAUUUGUAAUUAUUAAUAACUGACUCGCGCCGUAGUCAGCACGUUUAGCCUUCUAUAUAUUUUUUUAUAACAAAGCAAGAGAAAAAAACUUUAAAAAAAGUCAAAAAAUUAUAACGACGAUAUAAUAAAAUUCAUUUGCGUGUAUAUCGGACUCGUAAGUCGGAAAAAAAGAAAUGACUCUUUAAAACUAUAUUAUUAUAUUAUAAAAACAUACAUACAUAGGUAUAUAAAAACACAUAUGUAUAAUAUAUGUUUCGUCAACUACCGAGGUGCGGUGGUACAUGUAUACAUAGAUAAUGAGAGAAUUAUUCGAUGCUUCUGCCUCUUUGUCAUCAUUUAUGAAAUAGUACAUCUUUUCAAGAAAUGAAUUUCACGAAGAAACAAAAAGAAAAAAAAAAAAACGAAAGGAAAGGAAAAAAAAUUUUGAAUAAUUAUCUGCAAAGGCAAAUGUAUUAAUUGACAAGAAUUUUAACGAAGACAGAAUCUAAUGAAAAUCGUAGGUGCGAUAUUACAUAAUAUGAUGAUAUUUGCCGAGUCCCGAAUGUUUGCGGGAGAUAUGCGAAUUCUGUUCCGCAGGGGUGAUAAUUCCCAUCUUUGAAAGUCACCAAAUAACAUGUUAUUUUGUACGUGUGUCACCGCAUUGGAGUGAUUGUGUGAUAACUGAAAAGUAAUUUGAUAUGAUCUGGCCCUUCCGAUUAGAGAAUCGAUUGCUUUUAAUAUCUAAUUAAUUUCCAUUCGAUUAAAUUCAAAUGCAUGGUAUUGUUGACCAUUUACAAACAGCAAAAAAGCGAAGAACUUUUUCGAUGUAAUCAGAACUUCACGUGUUAUAUGGCUUGGUUAAACUUGGCGGUUAAAGUCUAACCUUGCCUGAAAUUCGUUGGAGUUAUAAUCAAAAUAUAAUUGAUAAAUAAAUGAAUAAAAAAUCAGGCAACGCCUUAAUGUAAUACGUGCGAUUAUUCUUGUAUAUAAUCGUCUAUGGCUGUGUAGAUUCACGUUGGGCUCUUUAUUUAUAACAUUAAACUGGAAGAAAAUAUUAUUUAAUAUCUGCUACUUUCGAGCUUAACAAUAAGUGAAAAUAAAAAGCAAUCGGAUCGUGUAAGGGUCGUUAUGUGAUGUGAUUUCUUUUGUAUCAUAAUAAAUAAUGAACUCUAAGAAAUGUUAUAGUUUCGUAUAAGUCA